CUCGGGGAACUGUAAUUUUCCUUCGCUACUUUGAGACGUGUCUCGCCUCACGCGUUCUGGCCCCCGAGUCCCGGAGCCCCAGCCCCAGGGCUGGUUUUCCCUAAAGCGGAAGGGUGGGCGGGUCCCGGGCGUCCCUUCAUUGCGCCCGUACCCCCAGGUUUCCGCCAGAUUGCCCUGAACAAGGUGGCCGUCCUGCUGCUGGCGGGGGGGCAGGGCACUCGCCUGGGCGUGACCUACCCCAAGGGUAUGUACCGUGUGGGGCUGCCCAGCCGGAAGACCCUGUACCAGCUGCAGGCGGAGCGGAUUCGGCGGGUGGAGCAGCUGGCCGGUGAGCGCCACGGGACCCGCUGCACCGUCCCCUGGUACGUCAUGACCAGCGAGUUCACUCUGGGGCCCACGGCCGAGUUCUUCAGGGAGCACAACUUCUUCCACCUGGACCCCGCCAACGUGGUCAUGUUUGAGCAGCGCCUGCUGCCUGCUGUGACCUUUGAUGGCAAGGUGAUCCUGGAGCGGAAAGACAAAGUUGCCAUGGCCCCAGACGGAAACGGGGGCCUCUACUGCGCACUGGAGGACCACAAGAUCCUGGAGGACAUGGAGCGCCGAGGAGUGGAGUUUGUGCACGUGUACUGUGUGGACAACAUCCUGGUGCGACUGGCAGACCCUGUCUUCAUCGGCUUCUGUGUGUUGCAGGGCGCAGACUGUGGCGCCAAGGUGGUGGAAAAGGCAUACCCCGAGGAGCCCGUGGGCGUGGUGUGCCAGGUGGACGGCGUCCCCCAGGUGGUGGAGUACAGCGAGAUCAGUCCUGACACCGCACAGCUGCGUGCCUCCGACGGGGGCCUGCUGUACAAUGCAGGCAACAUCUGCAACCACUUCUUCACCCGAGGCUUCCUUAAGGCGGUCACCAGGGAGUUUGAGCCUUUGCUGAAGCCACACGUGGCUGUGAAGAAAGUCCCGUAUGUGGAUGAGGAGGGGAACCUGGUAAAGCCGCUAAAACCCAACGGGAUAAAGAUGGAGAAGUUUGUGUUUGAUGUGUUCCGGUUUGCUAAGAACUUUGUUGCCUUUGAAGUACUACGAGAGGAGGAAUUUUCCCCACUGAAGAAUGCAGAGCCGGCCGACAGGGAUAGUCCCCGUACCUCCCGCCAGGCCCUGCUCGCCCAGCACUACCGGUGGGCUCUGCAGGCAGGGGCCCGCUUCCUGGAUGCCCAUGGGGCCUGGCUCCCAGAGCUGCCCGGCUUACCCCCAAAUGGAGACCCUCCCGCCAUCUGUGAGGUAUCGCCCUUGGUGUCUUACUCUGGAGAGGUGAGAGCUGCCUGUCCCUAUCUGGGGCUUUUCUGGAGUCAGGUUUUUAAUACCACCUGGGGAGAGGUGGCUGCUGGGGAGGAGACGGCACAGCUCUACCUCGGUGAACCAAUGGGAUCGGUGGUUUAAAGUUGCAGAAGACUUUCCAAGAUAUGGGAUGGGGUGGGGUGAGGCGUCCAGAGGCCUUUGCAGGACCUGGGAGGGCAUGGGUAUGAGACAGCCCAGGUCUGAGCCCAGUGUGGGGCCAGACAGGAUUUUGUGGGGGCCUCGUGGAGGUAGGACACUGGCCUCUCCCACCUCCCUGACCUUGGCUACCCUUGCCCCUUUCUCUGGUCAGGUCAGACCUGAGUGUGACAGGAGGGUCUCCUGCUGGCCUAGGGUCUUGAGUGUGGUCUUGGGUGGCCUUGCAGUGUGUGUCUGCUCCUGGCCCUGGAAGCCUUUAUGUCCCUACCCCUCCCUGACUCCAGGCAGACCUGGGAUCGUGCCUGGGGACUGUGGCUCCUUGGUGUGGCCAGAGGGGGCUGUGGCCAGCCAUAAGGUGGGUACUUGGCCAUUGUUGCCUGCUCGUCUCCAGGGUUUAGAAGUGUACCUGCAAGGCCGGGAGUUCCAGUCCCCGUUCAUCUUGGAUGAGGACCAGGCCAGGGAGCUACUACAGCCACAGGAGUCCUGACACCCCCAGACUGCCCCCAGACUCCCCCCAGACCUGCCAGCCCUGGCGUCCUGGAGCUGGGGGCUAUGGCCCCAGCCUGAGCUCUGGAUGGGAAAGCAGCCUGCCACGUGCUUCCAGCCUGCAGAACGCAGAAUGAAGCAUGCUGGUGGACUCCAUGAGGGCAGGGCCUCUCCUGUCGCCUCUGGACACAAGUGGCUACAGCCUGCUGGGGGCUCUGUGGCUCCAUUCCCGGAUGUGGGGUCUAGUCGAGAGGCAGAGGGACUUGGGACCUGGGAGAAUGGGGUUGAGAGGAGGCUUCAGGUUGGGGCCCAAGGGAGGUGUGGUGUCAUCUGGGGAGAACAGGAGGGCACGUCCCUUUGGGAGCCCGCCCUGGGAUCCACCUCACCCAGUCGAGCCCUGGAAGCUGCAUAAGCUAUGCAGGCCGUGCUUCUGCAGCCUACCAAUGCAGAACCGGAAUGAGGGGAACAAUUCCACCCAGUUGAGGGCUGCCCCCUCCUCCUCAGCAGCCGAACCAGUAAUGGGGGCAAGGCUGGGGCAUCCCAGCCCACAUACCCUGGAUGCCCAGCAAGGCCACAGAAAGGGCCUGAUGUCCGUGAUCCAGGUGGCUCUGAGAAGCUUGGCCUGGACACCUGAGGCUGCGGCCGGUACUCCUGCCUUCUCCCCAUCUAUCCCCAAGGCCUCUGCCUCUCAGCCUCUUCCAUAGUCCGUUUAGGCUGCUGAAUUUUCUGUGCUUCCCCAACAACCAGUGGGAUCAAUGCUGGUGGCCUCUGUGAUGGUUGCUGACUAAUCCGGGAUUUCAUGAGUCAGAGGCACUACCCCUCGCCCCAGCUGCCUGCUGCUUCUGAUGGAUCUUCGUGCUCAGGCUGCCCAGCUCCCCAAGUGAGGACUCAGCCUCCAUAUUUGGUGCCUUGGCCCCUCCCCGCACUCAGGAGUGGCUGGGACAAGCCAGCUGCCCCAGGGUUCUUCCCCUGGUGACUCUCACCUGCUUUCUCAUCUCGGGGGAGGCAGUGGCACCUCCCUCUCCCUGCUGACAUGAAGAGAGCUAUGAUAUGCAACCGCUGCUAACUCAUCCUCCGCCCCCACCUCGAAACCCACGGCCCCUAGUGGAGGGACGCUACUCAUCCCCGUUGGUUUCCCAGGGGAGGGGUGUUGUCUGGAAGGGCAGGUUCAGAUGCAGCCUUCCAGAUUUAGAGGCACGGGGAGGACAGUGGCUGAGUGGAGGCGCCCAGACCUCGGCAGGCAGCAGGCUCAGGCCCACACCUUGUGAUAUUUGAAACCAAAGCUUUCCCUCUCCGUGGCUUCGCCCUCCUUAUUGCAAACCAUGCUGUGCCUUAGGGCCCUUCUCAUAGCUGCUCCUCAUGGCCAUGACUCGAACAGGGAUGCCACCUCUUUCUACAUAAGCAUAGUUAGUUGGGUGAAGUCUUUUUUUUUUUGAGAUGGAGUUUCACUCUUGUUGCCCGGGCUGGAGUGAAGUGGGGUGACCUUGGCUCACUGCAACCUCUGCCUCCUGCCUCAGCCUCCUGAGUAGCUGGGACUACAGGCACCCACCACCACGCCUGGCUAAUUCUUUGUAUUUUUAGUAGAGACGGGGUUUGACUGUGUUAGCCAGGAUGGUCUCCAUCUCCUGACCUCGUGAUCCACCCACUUCGACCUCCCAAACUGCUGGGAUUAUAGGUGUGAGCCACCGUGCUGGGCCAGUUGCUGGCAUCUUAAUGUUCGUAGGUGGGACAUUUCCAAUAAACACAAGGUGCUGUGAUUGACUGCUA